CAACCUGCAGCACAACUCCUCACAUCUCGAAGUAAAGCAGGCAGAGUACAUGUUGCGUGCACAUUGAUAUGUUUUAGGACACACAUCAGGAAGGAGCUUUCUAAAAAAAAGGGGAGGAGGUGGGAGCUAUGUUAAUAAAACUGACGCCAUUGGGUAAAAGACUAAUGCAACAAGAAGUAUGCAAGAAGGAGGAAAAGAAGCGACGCUCUCGGCUUGAAUAAAAACACGAUGAGGAGUUAACGAAGCCCGGCUGCAAACGGCGUCUGCUGCUGCUGGAGAUGCAACGCCGCCCCCGGGUUCUAGACUCGCGGGUCCCAGGCUGCUCCGGGUUCUAGACUCGCGGGUCCCAGGCUGCUCCGGGUUCUAGACUCGCGGGUCCCAGGCUGCUCCGGGUUGUAGACUCGCGGGUCCCGGGCUGCUCCGGGUUCUAGACUCGCGGGUCCCAGGUCGCCGCCUCCCGGGUUCUAGACUCGCGGGUUCUAGCCACCCCCCUCCCGGAGCUGGACCAGCAGCAGGGGCCAUGGAGCAGUUAGCAGCAGCAACGAAGGCCGAGGGGCCACCGAGAGCGGAGCCGGCGGCGGCGGCUGCAGCAGAAGCUGCGAACGGGGAAGCGGGCACCGUGAGCCAAGACCCGGUCAUUUACUUCGUCCGGAGCCGGGUGACAGGAGGCCCUCCCGGGCAGGAGCAGGAGGAAGAGGCCGGGCACCUCCAGUUCGGAGUCGUGCCUGUGCCGGCCUCCCCCUCCAGCAGCUGUGACUCCAGGCCCCGGGGAGCAAAAGACUCUUGGGAGGAUUUAACAGUUUGGGUGGAUCAGAUACUUGAGGAAGCAGAAGACCCCAAAGACCCCAUUGCAAUUGAGCGGUUGAAUUUAAUGAACAUGGCGAAACUCAGCAUCAAGGGUCUCAUUGAGUCAGCGUUAAACCUGGGACGGUCACUCGAUUCUGACUAUGCUCCUCUGCAGCAGUUUUUUGUGGUUAUGGAGCACUGCCUGAAACAUGGCCUUAAAGUUAAGAAAACGUUCCUGGGGCAGAACAAGUCGUUCUGGGGUGCGUUGGAGGUGGUGGAGAAGCUGUGUCCGGAAGCUGGUGAAAUUACAGUCAGUGUGAAGGACCUCCCAGGUCUGAAGACCCCAGUUGGCAGAGGGAGAGCAUGGUUACGUCUGGCUCUGAUGCAGAAGAAGUUGUCGGAUUAUAUGAAGGCGUUAAUUAAUCGGAAGGAUCUGCUCAGUGAGUUCUAUGAAACCAACGCUCUGAUGAUGGAAGAGGAAGGAGCAGUGAUUGCUGGGCUCCUGGUUGGGCUGAAUGUCAUCGAUGUCAAUCUUUGUAUGAAGGGCGAAGAUCUUGAUACCCAGGUGGGGGUGAUUGACUUCUCGCUGUAUUUGAAGGAUGGCGCCCACAGCAGUAAAAGUUCCGAGGGGGAUGGACAUAUUACUGCCAUUUUGGACCAAAAAAACUACGUGGAAGAACUCAAUCGACACCUAAGUGCAACUGUAAAUAAUCUCCAAGCCAAAGUGGAUGCCUUGGAGAAAUCGAACACGAAGCUUACCGAAGAGCUUGCAGUCGCGAACAACCGUAUCAUCACCUUACAGGAAGAGACGGAACGAAUUAAGCAGGAAAAUGCCUUUUACGCUGACUCCACUCGGAAGAAGAUGGAAGUGGGAAAGCUAGAUGGGAAUGCGGAGGGUCAGGUCCCCAGACCCCCUCGCCAGGGAACAGAUGAUGUCCACACUGAGACCAGAAAACAACUGAAGGAGGAGACACAGCUCCGGCUGGAGGUUGAGAAAGAGUUGGAGGUUCAGAUUGGUAUGAAACAAGAGAUGGAGCUAGCCAUGAAAAUGCUGGAAAAAGACAUCUGUGACAAACAAGACGUGUUGGUAACAUUUCGACAGCAGCUGGAUGAUGUCCAAGCUCUCAACCAUGAGCUCUCUCAAAAGCUUCAGGGCAGCGAUAAUGUGAUUAGACAGAAGAAUGAAAUCAUUACUCGUUUGGAGGAGAAAGCAAACCAGAUGAGCUGUACAAUUAAACAGCUGGAGCGAAGAUUGCAACAGACACAACACAACUGGCAUAUGGCCGAGGAAGCUAACCAUCUCUUCAAGCAGGAGUUUGGCGAGAAGAUCAUCAGUCUUCAGAACGAAGUGGAUUGGUUCUCAAAGCAGUGUGCCCAGUUGCAAAUGGAUUUGAAGGAGCAGAGAUUGGGUUUACACAGCGAUUCUGUUUGUGAUAACAACUUAGAACAAGUCAAAAGAAAUCUACAACAAAUGGCCGAUAUGCAGAAGGAAUUGGAACAACUUCGGGAAGAAAACCGGAGACUCCAGGAAGCAGGAAAGGAUAAACCUUCAAAUGGAACACACCAACGCAGGAGGUCAAGCACAAAUACAGUAAUGGAAGCAGAAAAGGAGCCGGACUGGUCAGUGCUGGAAGGACAGAACACAAUUUGCAAACUCUGUCAAGCGGAAGCCUCAGUAACGAGGGAGAAGAAACGCUGCAGCAAUUGUCUUACGAUCGUCUGCAGUCAGUGCGCCAUCAAUGAAUUGCCUCUGCCAUCCUCUAUCCAGCCUGUGCGCGUGUGUAAUCCUUGUCAUGGAGCCUUAUUACAGCAGUACUCGACAACACUUCCAACCUGACACUCACGCCAUCGAACAACCUGACUAACUGACAGCUAUUGAUUGAGUGCAGGGGCAAUUGAACCACCUCUCAGCUUUUGUCCUUUUUUUUCUGUCAUGUGAGGUUAAUGCACAAAUUUGUGUAAAUUCCACGUUUUUCCCCUGCUGCUUUAAAAAAAACCCUUGUUUUGAUACAGUUCGGAGUGACGCUGUUGCCUACUCAUUAAUGCUAAAGAUAAACUCCCUCUCUUAGUGAGACAACCUACUGAUGCCCAUCGGUAAACGUGUACUGCAAGGAACAAUGCUGGACUAAGUUACAUAUAGGCAUCUGAAAUCCGUCCAAGAUACAGCUGGUUAACCUUGUUAAAAGGUGAGGAGACACUGGAUUCUCAUCAAUAUUAUCAAAUAGAAGUGCCCCCUUUUUCUAACAAGGGAGCAAGCAAUUAACUUAAAAGGAAACAAAUAACUGAAAUGUUAUUGUCAGUGCGCUUCAAUGGACUCAGCCUAUUAAGGUGGUCUUCAUUAGAAAUAGGAGGCUUGAUACUUGCUUUUCUGGCACGAUUGCAUGUAGCCACUUGGCAGGGAGCCAGAGGCAGCAGUCAGAAUGGUCCAACUCAACCUUGGGCUCUGAAGGCUUAAAGGGGAAGACUUGCGCCUCUCUCUGCACCUUGGGUUCGGUGCACUGAGGAAGAUACAGCUACCCCCUUUGAAAGCAGACAGUGCUUUUUGGAAAUUUAUGUUCGUGUUUCUUUCUUUGAUCAACAGUGAUUUGAGCAGCGUUCUACAAUCAUAAUUUAUGAUUUUGCAUAUCAGGGAGAAUAAAUGUUUGUUUCUGUCAACCUCUGAGACUACAAUGAGCCACAAGGUUAGAGCUGGAAUUAAACCGAGAUUUGUCAGUUUUUUUUUGCCACAUGGAGCAUGUUUGCGGACAGGCUAAUUUCUAAGGCUAUAACUGGAAUCCCAUUUAACACAAUGUACUUCAAUACAUGGUUCAAACAAAAACAAUGUAUUUAUGUGGCUAAUGUUUCUGUUUUCCAGGGUAUUUUUAAGAAAUGAAUGUACUAGAACUGUUUAUUACAAGAAUACUUGUUUGAUUUUAGUGAUAUUUACAGUCAUUGGAUUUCCAUCCAUUAUUAAUAGCUUAAUUUCUUAGUGACAGUUGUUGCAUUAUCAUCUUUCAAGGAAAUAUGAAUUGUACUGUGUGGGGCUGGAGCCUUGUUCUGUGUGAAAGAAAGAUCCCCCUCCCGCCCCUUCAUUCACUGUUGAGGUGCAACUGGAUGUUUUGUCGUUAUCUGAAUUACCAUUUGAAUAAAUUUUUAAUUGUGCACAAAUCUGCAGCAGCUGAAGGUAAAAACACCCCCUUCCAGGCCAAAUCAAGAUGAUUAUAUAAGUGUAUGUUCAAAAUUCAGUCAUGGGCUGUCAAGGCCAGAAUUUGUCUCUAAUGGCUGUUGCAGAUGGUGGUUGUUUUCUGGUGUAGUAGAUUGCUCGGAUAGACAGAUGGCAAUAGAAUGAAAUGGAGUGCAGCACUUAUCUUGACCAGAACAGUCUGCUGUUGAACUCAUUAUUCACUACGUUACUAUAUGACAAAACAUUCUACAGCCAUGCUCCAGAAAUUCAAACUUACUUGGACAGCCUGGACCCUCCCUAUGACCCACACCACCAGAAAGCACAAGGGAACAUUUAUAUCCAAGUAUCUCUCUUCUUCACCCUACGCCUACCUUUUGGACAUUGUCUCUUCAGUCACCAUUCUGGAUCACCUUCCUAACAGCUACUGGGAAACGGAAUUAGAAUAGAUGAACAAUGGGCUUCCUUAUCCCUGCUGUUACAAAAAAACUCAACUCUACCUUAACUGGAGAAGGGAUCCUCUCGGCAGUGUUGUCGACAGUGAGAAUAGUUACUGUUUUCAAAAAGUUCUUUUAAGAGGUUCAAGUCCAAAAUAUCUCAAUGUCACAGGAUUGAAUUUAUGUUUCUGAUUGUUUUACAAUGAUUGCAGAUGCUUGAAAUCUGAAAUAAAAACAAAUUGCUGGAGAAA